AUGGAAGAGGAAGACCUUCAAGCACAAAGCGUUUUAAAUCAUCUUGUGAAACAAGUAAAGCCUAGUGCUGUUAACUUAAGUAUUACAGGUUAUUUGGAUGAACGUUCAUCCCUUAGAAAUAGAGAGCAAUUAAGGGAUCCAUUAACUCCCAAUGCUAAACGGCAGAUAGAUUGUUUAUUCUGA